CAUCCAAUAGUAAACGCAACUAAUGCCAUCAUCUGAAAUCUUAUCAGUUGUAGUCACAUCGUUUGAUAAAUUAGUAGUCACAUUGCAUCGCGGAGUUCAAUUCUAAGAACAAGACACCAUUAUUGCACGCCAUGAACGAUCAGGAAAUCGACGAAGCAUUCCAGCUGGCUGUUAAGCUUACAAAAGAAUGUGGCCCCAUUGUGUUGGAAGGCUUUAACAAUCCAUCCAAGCCGGUCGAAGUUAAGGGACGCCAUUGGGAUUUCGUAACCGAGUACGACCGGCGUGUGGAAGACAUACUAGUCGAGGGUUUGAAAAAACGCUUUCCGGACCAUCGGUUUUUGGCUGAAGAAUCGGCCAGCGAAAACUGGCAAGACGAGCCCCUUGCCAAACGGCCAACGUGGAUCAUCGACCCAAUCGAUGGGACAAUCAACUUUGUGCGAGGUGUGAAGUUUAUUGCUAUAUCCGUAGCUCUUGUCGUGGAUGGUGAUUUAAAAAUUGGGAUAGUCUCAAACCCAUGCCUGGACGAGUUUUAUACGGCAGUGAAAGGAAAGGGAGCGUUUUUGAAUGAAAAGAAAAUUCACACCAGUGGCCUUCAAGAGCUUGAAAACGCUCUUGUGGGACUUGAAUUUUCAAUUGCAAGCCACGCUCCCGCUAAACCGCACAUCUUCGGUCGUGGCGAAGAGUUUAUCCAGCACUGUAUUGGGUUGCGAGCCUUCGGUUCAGCUGCCCUUUCGUUGGCCUACAUUGCAAGUAGAAACAUCGAUUGCUAUAGUAUUGAAUGUUUAAAACCGUGGGACAUUGCAGCCGGAGCAUUGAUAGUGCGGGAAGCUGGCGGUGUAGUAACACACAUCAAUGGUGGAGAGUACGACAUUCUCAAACCGGAUAUAAUUGCAGCCAGUAGUGAGCAGCUGGCACAGCAGAUACAAAGUAUUGUUAAUAAGGUGAAGGAGAAUGUUAAAUCAAAGCAAUAAUUGUAUUUUAAUGGCAAUAAAACAUAAUAUU